AUGCGCGCGACACUCGCCCUCUUCAAGCGCUCCGUCUGGAAGGGACCCAACAUCGUCCCCUUCGAGAUAAACAAUACCAUCCCUGCGAACAAACACCCCAUAAUCCGGACCCAGAAGCGCGCCGCUACCAUCACGCCCCAGCUCGUUGGCUACCGGUUCGCCGUACAUAACGGCAAGAUAUACCAGGAUGUCUUUGUGACGGAGGAGAUGGUGGGGAGGAAGUUGGGGGAGUUCGUGCCGUGA